GAACAAGAAGAAGGGAAGAGACAAAGGAACAAACGAAAAUUCCGAUCCUUCCAUCGCCCGCCAGGGAAAGAAGAGACGCACGAUGCCGUUUUGCGAGGUGCGCAACAAUGGCAUUAAGCUCUUCUACCGGACCUACGGUCGCGGACCCGUCAAAGUCCUCCUCAUCAUCGGAUUGGCUGGGACCCACGAGUCUUGGGGUCCCCAGAUUAGGGGAUUGACGGGCACGGACGCGCCCAACGACGGCGAUUCGGCGGCCGUCGAAGGCGGAGCCGACAAUGAGAGCGGCGGAGACAGCAGCGGGAUCGAGGUCUGCGCAUUCGACAAUCGCGGCAUGGGUCGGAGCUCCGUACCCACCAAGAAGUCCUCGUACACAACGAAGAUAAUGGCAAAGGAUGCAAUCGCAAUAAUGGAUCAUUUGGGCUGGAAAGAAGCCCAUGUUUUCGGCCAUUCAAUGGGGGCGAUGAUCGCUUGCAAACUGGCUGCUAUCGUGCCCAACAGAAUUCUUUCACUAGCUGUACUUAAUGUAACUGGUGGAGGUUACGAAUGUUUUCCCAAGCUUGACCGGAAAACGGUAUCCAUUGCAUUUCGUUUCUUGAGGGCAAAAACUCCUGAACAGAGGGCAGCCGUGGACUUGGACACUCACUACUCAACGGAGUAUCUGGAUGAGUAUGUAGGGUCUAACACCAGGAGGGCAAUUCUAUACCAAGAAUAUGUCAAAGCUAUAUCAGCAAGUGGGAUGCAAUCCCCUUGUGGCUUUGAGGGUCAAGUCAAUGCAUGCUGGAGACAUAAAAUGACCCCGAGAGAGAUUGAAAUGAUCCGUUCCACUGGAUUCCUUGUGUCCGUCAUCCAUGGAAGGCACGAUGUCAUAGCACAGAUAUAUUAUGCAAGGAGACUUGCGGAGAAGCUCCACCCAUUCGCUAGAAUGGUAGACCUUCAUGGAGGGCAUCUAGUGAGUCAUGAGAGGACUGAAGAGGUCAAUCAAGCUCUUCUUGAGUUGAUCAAGGCAACUGAAAUGAAGGUCAGCCCAGAGGACUGGACAAACUUGCCCACGAAAAGACCCGGGUGGAUAAGGUCAAAAUUCACAUUAGUAAGUAACACCGGAGGAGUAAGCGAUGUCUCUAUCACAUACUGCAUGCUAGAGAGGCUACAUCUUGUCCUGCUAUACUUCUUCAGCAUGUUUGUGUUGGUAUUUGAAUAUGGAAGAAAAGCCAUACGAAGCCUCAAGCCCGUCAAAGUCGGAGCUUCCCUGACAUAGCAGCAUUCGGAGAAACCUCUUUUUAACCGGUGAUUGUCCAUUUCGCCAUUGAAUACGUUCAACAUGUAACUUAAUGUUUGUUCCCGUGGUUAUCCGAGAUCUCACGUGUUUAAUGACUUCAUGUUGCAGGUUUUUCUGAUUCUUUUACCUUAUCGGCAUCGCUCUUAUUUACCAGAGCAGGUGGCUCGGUUGAGCAAACUAGCAUUUUAUGCAACAACAAAUGGAAAUUCGGGAGUGAAGAAGAACAAGAGAGGCUAAUUCGUUGGGCAGACUUAUUCAAACGGGAGGAUAAGAAGGAACUCAAAGUUUCCGGGUUCCGUCUUCCGUGCGAGUCGAGAUGCGGAAAAAUAAUUUUUGCAUCUAAGAGA